AUACUGACCAUACUUCCCCAUUUAUACAUCCAUCUAUACUUUACACCAAUCCUGUAUCUAAAUCAUUUCCAUAUUUCCCCACUCAAAUGCUCGGGCGUUGAGUUCAUUUCCGAUUAAAAAUGCGGCGUAGAGGACAGGAGUUCCGGCGUCCAGUUCGCCGGAGAUUAUCAAAUGUGUUCUGGUUCACGUGCUGUGGUCUUCUGAUGUUGGUUUUCAUCGUUUUGCUUACUCGGGACCCCAAUUCUUCAUCCAGAUCUGUGUUGUCCAAGAAAUCUUACAGGCAAGACAGGAUCCUAGAAGGGCUUAACAUUACAGAUGAAAUGCUGAGCGCUGAUUCGGUUACAAGGAAACUUAGUGAUCAAAUUGCCCUUGCAAAGGCAUAUGUAGUAAUUGCAAAAGAAAGCAAUAACCUCCAAUUUGCUUGGGAAUUAAGUGCCCAGAUUCGUAAUUCACAGGUCCUCCUUUCAAAUGCUGCUUUUAGACGAAUUCCUUUGACAAAGAGCGAGUCAGAAGUCGCUGUUCGUGACAUGGCACUAUUGUUAUACCAAGCUCAGCAGCUCCAUUAUGACAGUGCCACCAUGAUCAUGAGAAUGAAAGCCAAAAUUCAGGGUCUUGAAGAACAGAAAAAUUCAGUUAGUGAAAAGAGCUCCAAAUAUGGGCAGAUAGCAGCAGAGGAAGUACCAAAGAGUCUCUACUGCCUUGGUGUUCGGUUGACAACAGAAUGGUUCAGAAACUCAAAUAUACAAAAAAAACUUGCAGAGAAACGGCAGUUAGCCAUGACACUAAGAGAUAACAGUCUGUAUCAUUUCUGUGUCUUUUCUGACAACAUUCUUGCAACAUCCGUUGUGGUAAAUUCAACUGCUUUGAAUUCCAAAAAUCCUGACAAGGUAGUCUUCCAUCUCGUAACUGAUGAAGUAAAUUAUGCUGCGAUGAAGGCAUGGUUCUCCAUGAACAGUUUCAGAGGAGUAACUGUUGAUGUACAAAAGAUAGAGGAGUUUACCUGGCUAAAUGCUUCCUAUGUUCCUGUUCUUAAGCAGCUCCAAGACUCUGAAACUCGGAGCUACUACUUUUCUGGCAACAACGACGGUGGCAAAACUCCUAUAAAGUUCCGGAACCCUAAAUAUCUAUCUAUGUUGAAUCACCUUAGGUUCUAUAUCCCAGAAGUGUUUUCUUCGCUGAACAAGAUAGUAUUUCUUGAUGAUGAUGUUGUCGUACAGAAGGAUCUAUCACCUCUAUUCACUAUAGAUCUAAAAGGCAAUGUUAAUGGUGCUGUCGAGACCUGCAUGGAGACCUUUCACAGAUACCACAAGUACUUGAACUAUUCUCACCCCCUCAUCCGAUCACAUUUUGAUCCAGAUGCUUGUGGGUGGGCAUUUGGAAUGAACGUUUUUGACUUGGUUCAAUGGCGGCAAAAGAAUGUAACUGGAAUCUACCACUAUUGGCAAGAAAAAAACGUCGACCGCACAUUAUGGAAACUCGGGACUUUACCCCCCGGACUCUUAACUUUCUAUGGAUUGACAGAGCCACUGGCCCCUACUUGGCAUGUCCUGGGGCUAGGCUACACAAAUGUUGAUUCUCAGCAGAUUGAAAAUGGGGCUGUACUGCACUUCAAUGGGAACUCAAAGCCUUGGCUGAAAAUAGGAAUGGAGAAAUAUAAGCCCCUUUGGGACAAAUACAUUGGUUAUGACCAUCCUCUGUUGCAGCAGUGUAAUGUUCAUUAAAUUUCGACACCAGAAAGUUCUGCACUCUGGAUGGUCUGUGUUGCGAUCAAGAGUAACACAACAGGAGGUAGAGGUACCACGGGGCAAGCCCGAGUUGAUGGUUUGAGAUGUUAAGUUUUCAUAGAUGAGAACAAUCAUCUUAGUGAAUUUGAACACCAUGAUUUAGUUAAAAUUAUCUUGUUGUAAUAUUAUUAUUUUUUCAUAAAUUAUCUUCUUGUAAUAUCGAAAAAUGUGUAAGUAUUAUCCUCUUCAUAUAUUUAAGGAUGGAAAGUAAGUUUUUUGCUUGGCUUAA